CGUUCCACGCCUACGCUGAAUAGCUCGAGCUGUUCGCCAGACUCACCGCUUUGACUCGCUCUGACUACUCGGUUCGUUUUGCUCUCAUGUAAAUAAGCGUGUUUUCGUUCGGCAGCGAUUCGUUUUGGGUCAAAUCCGAGCCGAAUGCGUAAGUGGACGCUGUGUGAGGCGCGCUCACUCCAACGGUCCGCUACUGAGAGAAGAACAUGGCGUCGGAAGGAGCGACAGGGGAGCAACCGCCUCCGCUGCAAACACUGCUAACCGCUGGCCAUGGAAGCGUCGAGACGAAAUGUGAGCUGAACAUGGACAACCUGAGCAAGCCAGAGCUUCUCACCCUUCUGAGUGUCAUGGAGGGAGAACUGGAGGCUCGAGACCUGGUCAUCGAGGCUCUUAGGGCUCGAAGAAAAGAAGUGUUCCUGCAGGAGCGGUACGGAAAUUUCAGCAUGACCGACCCAUUUCUAGCCCUGCAGAGGGAUUUCGAAUCCGGGCCCGGACCAAAGGACCGGCGGGCUGUCAGUGCAAGCCCGAUUACAAUACUCGAGGCUGUAAUGGCUCAUUGCCGCAAUAUGCAGGAGAGGAUGUCUGCGCAGUUAGCAGCUGCAGAGAGCAGGCAGAAGAGGCUGGAGUUGGAGAAGCUGCAGCUGCAGAGUUUGGAGCAGGAGCACCGCAAGCUGACGGCCCAGCUGAAGGACGAGAGGGAGAAGAACAAGCACGUGGUGAUGAUGCUGGUACGUGAAUGCAAGCAGCUGGCAGCACGUGUGGUGGAGGAGAGCCAGCGAGUCGCGGAGCUCUCGUCUUGCUCAGAGCAGGAAGGCCGAGCCUCUUGCCUCCUGGAGGACGAGCUAGCCGCCGAGCGCCGGCGCAGCCAGCAGAUGGAGGCGAAGAUGGAGAAGCAGCUGGCCGAGUUCGACACAGAGCGCGAGCAACUGCGCUCACGUCUGAGCCGCGAGGAGACUCGCGCCGCCGAACUCCGUGCGGAAAGUGACAGUCUGCGCCAACAGGUCAAGCAGCUUCGGACUGAGCGCGGAAAGGACGCCCCAUCAGCUGCGAAUUCUGCACCUCUGGUCUCACCGGUCACACCCAAGAGCAUGGCAUCUGUGGCUGUUGGCACAGAGGCAGCCAGCUGCAGGACAGCCGCAUCCCAGACGGACCCGCUUCCUGAACAUGACGUUGCCAAAAAAGUUCCGCUGACCAUCCCUGUCAAGCCCACAGCGGCUGCCACCUACAUUAGCAUGAACCUUCCCAAGACCCCUACUACUGCGAGGGGCUUGCACCAUGGGAGCGGUCAGACAGAGAAUGGUGGGGAAGCCCAGGUGGCACUGAACUCUGCUCACAGUUUACACUCACCAGGGACCGCUACCCCCAUACCCACCGGGGUUAGUCCCCGCGUUCAGGCAGCCCGUUACAAAUUCCAGCCCUCGGCUUCGGAGCAGGACCAAAAUGGCAUGUCCAGCCAGAACCCCCUAUCACGUGACCUGUCCCCCACCAACCGAGACAACUUUGUCGCCAAGCAACAAGCACGCCACACAGUCACACAGGUCCUCUCACGUUUUACCAGCCCACCAAUGGGGGGCCCCUCCGCAAACCUUCGACCUGGCCUGUCUCACUCCACCUCAGAGGGAGGACCCUUUACUGGGCGCCUAGGGCAUCCACAGAUUGGGAUCAAGUCACCCACUGUGGCGCGCAUCGACAGGGGUAACCCACCUCCCAUCCCGCCAAAAAAACCUGGACUGUCUCAGACACCGUCUCCGCCACACCCUCCAAUCAAAGUAGUGGGUGAACCCAGCAGGUCACCGGUGGUUGGCCUUGGGGUUGGGCCAACUAAGUCGGCCAGCACCCCCCAGCUCCCACCCAAGCCUUCCCUGGAUCUGGGGGGUGCGGUGCCAGCCUUGACUGCAUCUCAGGUGGGUCUUGCCUGCCCCCAUAGGUGGCGGGAGUCGCAGGCGGCGACAGCAUGCGUGGAUUGUCCCACUGUCACCAACACCUUGUCCACCAUCGCUACCAUUAUCAGUAGCCCUUCUGUAAACCCUGCUAGCAUUCCGUCCCAUAGCCCCCAGCACCCAGACAGCCCCCUGGCAGCAGCAUCAGGCUGGUGUCCCUCCGUAGUCCCCCCGCCAACCUGUGGUGACCCCGUCCCCCUGGAUGACGGGCACACCCUUUUGCUCCAAGCUGCUUCCCAGGGAAAUGUCACUUUAUUGUCUAUGCUGCUUAAUCAAGAUCCAUCAACGGAUGUCAAUCACUUCCAACAAGACCUAACCUCUGCCUUGUUUUCUGCUGCUCAACAUGGACACACAGAAUGCUUAAAUCUGCUGCUGAGUUUGGGGGCAUCUGCUGAUGCUUCUGAUGAAAAUGGAUUUACUUCUUUACACAUUGCUGCUGCUAAUGGCCACCAUGGGUGUGUGAGGGCUCUGCUGAACCACGGCGUGAAUGUGGAGCGUGAGUGUAUAGGAGGGCAGACUGCUCUAAUCCUGGCCUCCAAGCAUGGUAGCACAGAAUGUGUCAAAGCUCUUCUGGAUGCUGGAGCGAACCGCUCCCACAUCACGGCUGAAAGCUGCACAGCACUUCACGCCGCAGUGAUCAUGGGUCAUGUGGAUCCCCUGAAGCUUUUGCUGUACCAUCCAUUUCCUCAGGACAAGAUGGAUGGUUCAGCGCUCAACCAAGACACUGAGGACACACACCCUAGGCCAGUGAUGACUGGUGUCAUUCUUAACCAUGCCAACCAGGAGGGCUGGACCGCUGCCCACAUCGCUGCAUCCAGAGGCUACAAGAAAUGCCUGGAAGUGUUGUGUAGCCACAGCCAACAUGACAUUGAGAAGAGGGAUAAAUGUAAUCGCACGAUACAUGACGUGGCCACUGACGACUGCAAAAACCUGCUGGAAAACCUGGACUGCUACAGGGUAGUGGUGCAGGUGCAUUUAGGCUCACCCCAGUCCCUGUGUCCUGUCGAACUGCUGGAAGAUGGGUCCACCAUUGGCACAGUUAUCAUCCAGCGGUUCACCAGCUGGCUGGAGUUAGUGCAGAUUCUUAAUAACCUGCUGACCAGUCACCUGCAGCUGAUAUGUGGGAACUGGGAGCUACAAGAAGGGCUAGGAGGAGAGGACAUACCUAUGGGCCUCUCCUCAGACAGUGUGGCCUCUGUGAAGAUAGGUGAUGCUCUCUGGCUACCAGGACAGGAGCUGGCCCAGUCUCCUUGGGAUCUAAUCCGUAAGCGCCUGAGCCAUCGAAUCUCCGUUCACCUCAAAGGUCUGUCCGAGUGUGCGCUGGAUGAGAUGACCUAUGAUUCUCUGAUCCCUCUCCAACUACUGCAGAACUAUUUGCGCCUGGUUGAACAGUAUCAGAAUGUCAUUUUUCACGGACUGGAGGGAAGCUUUCAGGAGUACAUUGCCAACCAGAUUUCUCACCACAUCAAGCAAAGGCAGGAAGCAAUGGGGAUUGACUGUGAUGUUAUCCGUGUGGAGAUAGAUGAGAAUCUAACUAAAGAGCAUCUCCUGGAAACCUUUGUCAACUGUGGAUUCUUGGUGUGUGUGCGAGACCCUUCUGUUGGCCGGUGUGUGGUGGUGGUGCUGGAAGGACUGGAGAGAGCUCAUUCCCUCAGCCACAUGUUGGAGCACCUUUGUGAGGCUCUGGAGAACCGCGGCUCACUCUACUCCUUCUCCCUCAACCACAGUCCAGAAGGCCUGUACUACUUCCAAGAGGGCAGUUUUCUGAUCGGCACACUGGCCAAGCCACGACUUCAUGGCGCCGAGCUACAACUGCAGCAACACUUCCGCUGGGUACAGCUGCGCUGGGACACAGAGCCACUUAAUGACAUGUUGGGACGCCACCUUCGCAGGAAACUCCUCCACAUGACUCAAGGCCAACACUGGGCCCCUGGAAAGCUUGUACACAGAACUCUCUCUUGGGUGUGUUCCGUCUGGCAACAGCUCAACGCCUGCCUCUCUCGCUUGGGGACCCCCGAGGCCCUUUUGGGCCCUCACGUCUUUCUCUCUUGCCCAGUCCUGCCAGAGCAAAGCCAUGUCAUCCUAAAGUGGUUGGCACGCCUGUGGAAUGUGGUGGUGGUCCCACGCGUUGAGGAUGCUGUUAUCUCUAGAGUAACAGCCAAGAACUCUGUGUCGCAGCGACGGUCUCCUAGCAACAAGGCUCUGAGUCCAGGGCAAAGGGCAGUGGUGCGAGCAGCUCUUAGCAUCGUCCUUAACAAAGCCGUUCUGCACAACUGCCCACUGGACAGAUCAGAGAUCAACCAGUUUCUGCCAGAGUUCCGGGGUGGAGGUUUUCCGCUCUCCUCAGUCAGCUACUCCUACAGGAAAGGAGGGAGAAAAGGCCGUGAUAGUGGUGUAUGGAGACGAUCUAAUACCAGUCCACGGAAGAAAGGAAUUCCAGCACAUGGAAGAGGCUCGAACAGCUUCAUACGAGAAGGCUCAGCGUCAAAUUCAGAUAUUCACAUAAUACCAACCGCCAACAACAACAUCAGACUCAGUGACGGAGACUCAACCGGUCUCUCGCUGUACUCUGAUGAUGAGAAUGAUCUGAUCAGGGAACUACAGACCUUAUGCUCCAGCAAAUCUGAGCCUGACAUAAGCAAGAUUGCUUUGUCUAAAGAGGAAUUCAUCAUGCUUCCUGGCUCAAGUCAAGCUGUUCCAGAAAAGAAGGAUGAGCACGGCUAUACUGAGCUCCACACACAGGCCAGUAGAGCAGAAAUAGCUUUGGAAAUCGCACCGUCACCAGUGCAGCAGAUUGACAGUAGUCAGUCCGCAGGUGGCCAUCCCUCACCUCGCCGAGUGGCCAGGUCAAAAUCUCAGCUCCCCAUACCCAGCAGUAGGGGGCAUUCGCAAACUCCCAGUAGCACUCACAGAGCCAUCAGCAGCAGCAGCAGCAGCAGCAGCAUCCGUUCCCCCCAAACGCACAGCAGCAGAACCAACACGAGCAGCAGAACAAGGCAGACUCACCCCAAUAACAAAAGUAACCAACCUGAAGAGGAAAUCUGGAUCCUCCAAAUAAACUCCAACGUGCACAAAACCCUAAACGGUCAUGAAUAGACUCUCAGCCCCGUGUCUAUCUUAUGAACUAUGUCCAGAAUGUGUUACUUACAGCCUUUUAGUAUUUAUAAGUGUUGUCUAUACUUAUAUUAUACACUAUUUACCUUGUGUUUUUGGGACCAUAGGUUUAUUAUAAUGACCUGCUGAAGUAUUGAAUUUAAAGGGUGUGUAUAAAUGAAGUAUUCUGUCAGCUUUUGCCUUUUAGGUAAGGAAAGAAAACCAGGCAGUCGUUUUGGUAAGUAUUUUCAGACACGUGUUUAUGUUUUAAGUAUUUAAAUCAGUGGUUUUCAAUAUUAUUGAAAUGAAUCAGGGUUUUACCAAAUCUGUGUACAUAGAAACAAGAAUUAAAUGUUUAAUAUAGACUUCUGGAUGUGGUAUUGCGCUUGUAUAUUGAAAAACUUUAGAUAAAAAAAAAACUGUAUAUAAUAAUGUUUGUAAUAUUACAUUUGGGUUGAUAUUUUUCACUUGUUUCAAAGUGAAUUGAAUUGUGGCAAUAAGUAACAUCAUUAGCAACCACAGGUCAGUUUCUUUAGUUUCUCAAGCCAUGAUAAGUAGUUUUAGUAGUUUUUAUCCAUGGACUGUGUGUUGCGUAAGGAAUUGCUUGAACGUUGACCCUGUGCAGAAGCCACUGUUAUUUUGGAUUUAUUGAUGUUCUGUAAUAAAGAGGUAGGAUAAAUGAGUAUUAUUUAAAACUUACCACUGUUCAUAUGUAAAAAAGAGAGAUUCUAGUUAACCACUGUUGUUUAACUGUAAGAUAGAUGUGAUGAGGUUCAAAGAAUUGUCCCAUUUUCUCCAAGCACAAAGAUUAAACCUGCACUGUUACCCCAAUCGUCACCACAAAGCAUUUUUUUCUUUCUUUCUUCUAAAUACACCCAUGUGAUGUGAUGUUCUUGAUCUUAGUGAAAAUGUAGUUGAAUGGAUAUUCUUAUCCUACACCAAGAGAAUGGUACACCUCAGUCCUAGGUCUCUCAGAUGAAGUGAGCCUGAGACUCUGGUUUUGUGGGAGGCAUUUGAGUCUGGAUAUACACUGAUCAGCCAUAACAUUAAAACCAUCUCCUUGUUUCUACA